AUGGCUCGUACCAAGCAGACCGCCCGAAAGUCCACCGGUGGCAAGGCCCCCCGUAAGCAGCUCGCUACCAAGGCUGCCCGCAAGUCCGCCCCCUCCGCCGGUGGUGUUAAGAAGCCUCACCGUUAUCGCCCCGGUACCGUUGCUCUCCGUGAGAUUCGUCGUUACCAGAAGUCGACUGAGCUCCUCAUCCGAAAGCUCCCCUUCCAGCGUCUCGUUCGUGAGAUCGCUCAGGACUUUAAGACCGACCUCCGCUUCCAGUCAAGCGCCGUCAUGGCCCUCCAGGAGUCCGCCGAGGCUUACCUCGUCUCUCUCUUCGAGGACACCAACUUGGCUGCUAUCCACGCCAAGCGUGUCACCAUCCAGCCCAAGGACAUUGCCCUUGCCCGCCGACUCCGCGGUGAGCGCACCUAA